AUGCCCAAGAAACUCAAGCUCGCCGUCUCGCAAUCCAGAACCCUCGACACCUUACAACAAACCCUCGACGCCCUAGCCGCCAUCACCCGCAAAGCAGCCUCCCAAUCCAUCGACCUCAUCCUCUUCCCCGAAGCCUAUCUCGGCGGCUACCCACGCACCUGCGACUUUGGCGCUUCGGUCGGUGCCCGCGCCCCUCACGGCCGCGACCAAUUCCUCGAGUACUUCCACGCUGCCGUCGAUCUCGGCGAUACACCAUUGGGCGCUGGAGAUGACUGGGUGACUCGCCGCUUGCCCACUGCAAAAGGAAGAGAGAUCCGUGGAGAUGGCACGAGAGAAUACUUGGAAAAAGUCGCUAGGGAGACUGGCGUCUUUAUCGUGACUGGCCUUGUCGAACGCAGUGGUGGCUCCCUCUACUGCAGUUGCAUCUACAUCUGUCCCUCGCAAGGCUGCAUAGGCAAGCGAAGAAAAGUCAUGCCCACCGGCUCGGAACGACUAGUCUGGGCACAAGGCCAGCCCUCUUCCCUCCGCGCCGUCACCACAACCAUCAAAGGAGUGAAGCUGUGUCUCGCAGCAGCCAUCUGCUGGGAGAACUACAUGCCCUUGCUCCGCUACUCAUUGUACUCUCAAAACGUAAAUCUAUAUCUUGCACCCACCGCCGACGCAAGAGAUACCUGGGAGCCACUUAUGCGCACCGUAGCAGCGGAAAGCAGAGCGUUUGUGUUGAGCGCCAAUCAAUGCGUGCGCAAAAGCCAUCUACCUGCUUGGAUCUCUGCUGGCAAAAAAGCAGAGGAAAAGGAACCGAGGGCUUUGACUCACCACUCUGGCGGCAUCUCUUCCACCUCGCCUUCCCGCAGGAGAAAAUCAGUGGUCAUGGAGGAAGGCAAUGAACUCGUUCUUCCUGAUCCUUCUGAUCCUUCUGGCUCUGCUUCUACCUCUGGCCGACCCUCCACCUCGGCAGCAGAUGACGACUUUGUCUGCAGAGGAGGUUCCUGCAUCAUUGGUCCACUGGGAGAAGUCCUGGCCCCUUCGCUCUGGGAAGUCGAAGAUGGGUUCCUCAGCGUAGAAGCAGAUUUUGAGGAUUGUGAGAGAGGGAGAUUGGAUAUGGAUGUUGCGGGCAGUUAUUCCAGAAACGAUGCGUUUAGUUUGAGGGUUGAGGGUUUGGAUAUCAGUCCGCCGCCCUUUUGA